AUGCAGGAUCUGGUAACAGCCGAGUGGACUGACGCGGUAGAGGCCAUCGAGCGCUGCUAUGAGCUUGGAUGGACAGACGGACUCCCGGUCGUACCGCCGACGGUCAACCGCGUGCAGGAGUUCAUCGACAUCGCUGGGCGUCCUGCUGACGAAGUUCUCGGCUCCAUUCCAGAGCGCAGGCGCGAGGUCACCGUCGCCAAGACCGCCGCGAACGCGGUAAUGGCCGGCUGCCUCCCCGAAUACUUCCCGGUCGUUCUCGCCGCUACCGAGGCGAUGCUGGCCCAGGAGUUCAACCUGAUAGCCCCCUCGUCCAGCCAGGGGGGCGCCGCAGUGCUCGUAAUCGUCAACGGCCCCGUGGUGGACGAGAUCGGGAUGAACUCAGGCGCCAACCUGUUCGGACCGGGCAACCGCGCCAACGCCACCAUCGGGCGGGCGAUACGUCUCAUCUUGAUGAACGCCUGCGCGUCCAUACCAGGACUAUUCGACCGGACGGUCAUCGGACACCCCGGCAAGUACACGUACUGCAUCGCCGAGAACGAGACCGACUCCGACUGGCUGCCGCUACACGUCGAGCGCGGCUUCAGCCCGGACCAGAGCGCGGUCACGGUGUUCGCCUCAUGGGAGCCGAGGCAGGUGCGCUCGGCGGCCUACUCGCAGGAGGUGGUGCUGGACACGGUUGCCGACGUCGCUUCGGUGCUGGGCUCCUCCCUGGCUUCAUCGGACUCUGUGGGAGACGACUCCACGCCGGUCCGGCAGGGCGAGCUGGUGGUCACUAUAGGAGGGGCCGCCGACUUCUGGGGGACCUGGACCAAGCGCGACGUUCGCGAGUACCUCCAUCCCAGGAUUGGACGGUCAAUUGCCGACCUGAAGAUUGUCAGGGUGCUGGAGGGCGACGUUGGACCAGCGGACUACCAGACCUUCGCCAACUUCGUUCCCGAGCCGGACGACAUCCUCGUGGUGAGGGCAGGGUCUCCAGAAGCAACCGGAUACCGCUGCUCGGUAAUACUGAGCGAGCUGCCCAAGGUGGCGUCGGCUGCGGUGACAAGGGCAGUAGCUUCGGGUCCGGUCUAG